UUGGGUCGCCGCUUUCUGCGGGUUGCCUGCGGGUUGCCAUUGUUGCCAUGGCAGAUUGGGCUUCCAGCCGUGCCAAGACCGCAAGGUAUGACACCGAAGCUGAACGACGACCUGUUAAGCCGCAUUUGGCUCCUCAAAAGGCGUCAGAGCACAGCACUGGCUUCACUUCACAAGUGGCUGGGAUGAUGGCAGACAGCAUUGUGGACAAGGCCAUCAAGGAUCGAACAGCGCAGUUGGAAAAUGAAGGCUGGAAUGGAGGCUACAACAAUGGAUACAAAGUUGAAGCCAACGGAGAGAUGAAAUCGAAAGAUGAUGAGGACAAGGACGGUGCCGGCGCAGAUGCAGACGACGACCUGGAAGCUUUACGCGCACGGCGACGGAAGCAGAUGAAGGAAAUGCAGGAGAAAAAACAAAAGAAUGCAGCUUUGGGCCAUGGCGGCUACGAUGAAAUCGCUGAGGAGGAAUUCCUGAAGGUGGUGACCUCAUCCAACCUCUGUGUGGUGCAUUUCUAUCAUCGCCAUUUCGAGAAAUGCAAGAUCAUGGACAUGCACCUGAGUAAAUGUGCCAAAAAGUUCUUCGGAACAAGAUUCGUGAAGCUGAACGCAGAGAAGGCGCCCUUCUUUGUCGAGAAGCUUGCAGUUCGAACAUUGCCCUGUGUCAUUGUGUUCAUCGAUGGCGUGGCCAAAGGACGCCAGGUGGGCUUUGAGGGGCUUGGCGGAGAAGAGUUUGCCACGGCUCAACUUGCCUGGAAACUGAAGGAGUGGGAAGGUAUCGAAGAGGAGGUAGAUCCUGAUGAGGAAUUUUGAGCGACCAAAUGCAGAGCCGCAGCGGUUGACGGUUUGACCGUUUGAGUUUCACCAAGGUUUAGGUUUUGGUUGGGAACCGACCAAAGAGUGCAACAAAAACACUCUUCAGGUGGUUUGAAUGCAGAAAUGGCAUGUGCAUGAGCUCCAAAAAGUGGCCAGGAAAA